AAAAUACCUUGAUCGACAUUUCAAUGGGCCUCCAGCGGCUUGUGUAGGUAUCGCUUUAUUGGUCAUUGUUUGAAGUCAACGGACGGCAAUUAACCUGUUUAAUCAGCACCAUGCGGAAGUAGGUGACAGUAGGAAGUGACCAGAACUGAUUGGUGUUUGACUGUUGAUGGACCGGAGAUGCCUUCGGGGCAUACUGACCAGGACAGCUACAUAAUACAACAAUCCCCAUACCGCCCUUCCGCUGACCAAUCCUACAAUGCUAACGAGUCUGCGGCCAGCAUUCUAAAGACCGUCAAGGCACAGGAAGUCCAGUUCGAAAGAUUAACAAAAAAGUUGGAAGAGGAACGAGAGAAUUUGGCUCGACAACACGACCAGCAGUAUAGGUUCGGCAGUCAGGCCAAUAGUAUGAAUAGUAUCACUAGCGCUGACGACUCGUAUCUAUGGCGAUCGCCCGGCCCCCAACCCCUGGCUGAGUCCCGGUUGAAUGAUACAAGUCUGGGAGACACUCAAAUGAGCUCCCAUCUCCUGGAUUCUUGCCUGCGUGAGUUGGAGGAUCGGGGUGCUAUGAACAUAGGGUACGUACGUGAAGACAACAUGGAUUACCUACAAGAUGACCCCUACAGUACCCACGGACGUAUCCCUUACAACAACAGCGACCCUUACAACCAGAGUUACUCCCCCGGCGCCCUAAACGGAGGCAACCCCCAGUACCUGGCUGACAGGUCACCCCACUCUUCACACCUGUCCCUACAAAGUACGGGCAGCAACCGUCACCCUAGAACUGCGAUGAAGGGACCAGGAAUGCAGGGCUCCGUGUCCUCUCUACCGCGAGAACAGCCUAACGACAACUACAUGUCCUACUCGGCAAUGUCCCCAGCACAGGGCCCGCCCAGCCCCUCAAGGUUCAACAACUAUGGUGGCGAUCCUGAUCAGUACGCUGAUCAGUACCCCGACCAAUCGCCCCGCUACAGUCUUGCAUCUAAUGACAGCUUACAGAGGCCACAGUACGACCCCUAUAGUCACCAUGAUCAUAGUAGGGACAUGGGACCUCCAGGAGGUAGGGGGAGCUACAAUCAGCCCCCACCUGAAGACAUCAGCCCCUAUAACCACCACCCUAUUAGCAGGGACCCUUAUGGGGACCAGCCAAACUAUGAAGACACCCGUGGGGGCGACUCUUUCUACAGAGACUCGCCAGUAGGGGACAGACCGGAUAUGCCCCGGGGUGGACCCAUGAUUGAUCCUCCAAGUCGCAGUGACUCGUACCGUAACCCCAUAGACCCCUAUGGGGAUCAACCCCCGCUGUACGAGACAGGUGCUUAUACCGGGGCUCCACCACAGAUGGAUGACCGGUACAAGGAAAACUCGUUUGAGGACGACCGGUACAGAGGUCCGCCAGGUGAUAAUUAUAUGCCGGAGAGUGGUUACAGGGAAUCCCCUGUCCCUGGCAAUCAGUACUUACCUCCAGAUGAUAGAUUCAGAGACAUGUCACUAGAUGACCCCCACGGGGCCCCACCCCCUAUGGAGGACAGGUACAGGGAUCUACCUCCUGGUGACCGGUUUGAGGGGGAGCCCACAUUUGGUAAUUAUGAUGAUUACCCCUACAGCCCAAACAAACAUGACGGCCUUCCUGAUGUUCCACAGGACCCUUUUGCCGAUGAUCCAUUCCAACAGAAGGCUGCAAUGGCGGCAGCAGAGGAGCGUUACCGUGCCUCUCAGGCCGAUCUUCGGUAUCGUGAUGAGGAUCCCUAUAGUAGGCGAACCCCAUCACCAGUAGGGGACAGACCGGACAUGUCCCGGGGAGGUCCCAUGAUUGAUCCUCCAAGUCGGAGUGAUUCGUACCGUAAUCCCGGAGACCCCUAUGGUCAAUAUAAUGAACAACCACCACAGUACCAAGAUGAUCACAAUGAUAGUCGAGACGGACCCCCGUAUUCUGACGAACAUGAUGGGCGUCAGCAACCUUACUUCCCGGAUGAUAUGCAGCGAUCGUCAGCCCUGAACCUGAACGCCCCACCUCCCGACGACUACCACUCAGACGGACGGAGAACACCGUCCUUAGAUGGGCAAGGCAGUAACUGGCGUAACCCAGACCUACAGGAGGUGAUCGACUACCUCAGCCACCCCAGUGAGGCGGUCAAGGCCAAUGCUGCUGGCUACCUGCAACAUCUCUGCUUCAACAACGAGGAUCUCAAGUCCAAAACAAGGGGUCUCGAUGGCAUCCCUCCCCUGGUGGAGCUGUUACGGAGCGACUACCCAGAGGUCCAGAGGAACGCAUGUGGGGCCCUGAAAAAUCUGUCGUAUGGAAGGUCCAAAAGUGGUCUUGACAACAAGAAAGCCAUAGAGAGUGCUGGUGGAGUCACAGCCCUGAUUCGACUGAUGAGGAAGGUCCAUGACGAGGAUAUCAAAGAAAUGAUCACAGGCAUUUUAUGGAAUCUGUCCUCAUGUGAGGAAUUAAAAUCAAAGAUAAUAUCGGAAGCUCUGACAGAUAUUGUGAGCAGAAUUAUUGUUCCGUACUCCGGCUGGGAGAAACGUGGACUACUGCAAACUAACGAGGCCUGGACCACAGUGUUUAGAAACGCCACAGGCAUUAUCAGAAAUUUAAGUUCUGCAGCUAAAGAAGAUGAACAGCGUGGAUAUGAAACACGGAAUCGUUUACGUGAAUGUAGUAAAUUGGUGAACUGUUUAGUGUAUGCGUUGAAAGUGUCGGUGGAAAACCACGAUAAAGACAGUAAACCUGUGGAAAAUUGUACGUGUUCCUUACGCAACCUUUCCUUCCGAAUACAGGAAGUGUCGGAACGAGAUUUCUACAGGAAACGCAACACGACGUUAAAGAAACAAGCAAAGCCAGAAAAAGAAACAACAGGGUGCUUAGGUAAUAGGGGAAAUAAAAAGUCACAACAGUCCAAGAGUAAAGGCAAGCCUGACUUAAACCAGAAUGCGGAAACGAGACUUCCACCCGGUGCUGCAGAAUUCAAGGCAUUAUGGGAACCGGAGCUGGUGCGGUCAUAUCUCAGUAUUCUGAAGGAUGGGACCAACCCAGUAACCAUGGAAGCAGCAGCAGGUGCCAUACAAAAUCUCACCGCUUGUUACUGGCAGCCAGCUGAAGACACACGAGCCACGGUGAGGAAGGAGAAGAGCCUCCCCGACCUUGUUGACCUCCUCACCCAUGAAAGGGACAGUGUUGUAUGUCAUGUGGCCCUGGCCCUCAGGAACCUUGCCAUUGAUGAGAGAAACAAAGAGUUAAUAGGUAAAUACGCUAUGAAACAGCUAGUGAGUCGACUUCCUAUGGAGAGACAGAUAGAGCUGGUCCCAGACCGGACGAUAUCAGCCGUGGUGGCCACUCUACACGAAGUCACAAAAAACAAUCAGGAUUUUGCACAAUCACUGGCUAAUGAAGGUGGUUUGAGGCGACUGAAAUUCAUCAAGUUUGCCCAGGGGAAAUACCUAACGAAGACAAAGGAACACACACACAAGUUGCUACAAUCCCUGUGGGAGUUCAAGUCCCUGCAUUGGGAGUUCAAGGAGCGAGGACUUGUUGAAGCGGACGUCAACAGCCCACCAAUGGUUGGGAGGACUGAUGACAUCGGCUCACCGAUCAGUAACUACAGCACAAUGAGCCGCCCGACAGAAAGUCAGGGGUACGACGACAAUACGAUAUCCUCCGGUCGCGUACAGAACAAAGACCCCUACCCGAACAGCUACUCGCCAAACGGCCGCAUGGAUAGUGGCUAUCCUGGCUCUAUGGUCGUCGGCCAUAGCAACCCAGCCAUGCAUGAUGAUGGACGGUAUGAUUACGACACCAGAUCACGAGGCGAGGAGAUCCCGAUGUCCGACAUGGGGCCAGGCUACGCUCCAUUAGAUGACCACCUACCCAGAAACAAAAUACCUGUAGGAGCUGUUCCACUCUUCCCCGGCCUGGAGAACCAGCGACAUGCAAGCCAGACUCAGCUCCACUCUAGCCAGAAUCAGCUCCACGCUGAGCCCCAGCCCAGCCCCAAUGAGCAACUCUAUGCACAGGUGGACAAAAGCAAGAAGCGCAACCCAGGCCAGAUGGGGGGACAUGCAAGCCCCAACCAUGUGAUGUUGGAUAUGUCCUCUCCGGGGAGCCCCCAGGGUGGGGCCGACUCCUGGGUAUGAUCCCCAGGGUGGGGAAAAGGGAUGAGAAGUGACCAAGUCUUAUUAUACAGGCUGUGACAUGUGAUUGUGUUGGUAUACACAGCCAAGCUGUUGUGUAGCACUGUAUGGAUAACGUAUAUACAAAGUGAAAGUACUUAAUAAAGACAUGGAAAUGGAACAAACUUGACAGCAAGUUCUUGACAAAGUAUAUAGAAAGUGAAAGUACUUCAGAGAGAAUCGGACUGGAAUCAUAUGGAAUGAAUGCUUCACAGAGGACCAACAAUGUGUUAAUAUAUAGCACCGAUACAUUGUACAGAGUAUUUCACUUAAGGGUUUGAACCCCGUGCAAGUAUUUCAGGGGUCCAUAUGAUGGAAGGAUGUACAUUAGUGGGCCGUGAUCCACAGUUGGAAUGUAGUGCGUCACAGUGCCUGCCUUGUGCUGACAGGGCCCUAGGUUGUGUAAAACUAACUCCGAGUCCCUGAGAGGAGUAGCCCUAGGUUGUGUGAUACUUACUCCGAGUCCCUGCAAGGAGUACUUGUGACCCUAGGUUGUGUGAUUGCCCGAGUUCCUCGGAGUCUCAGGUUCAAAAGACUGCUGAACAGAGGGCCCGAAGCCCUCAUAUCGAGGAUUUUAACUUAAAACUUUCCUAAAAUCAUGUUAAUCGGUCAUUUCAUAAUUUUUAAAAUUUAGAGACUUAUUUUUGAUAUGUAUGGCUACUGGACAGAAGUGCUGUGCUAUUUUUAUCAUCGACAUGCGUCAGCGUAUCAUAGACUAGCGCCAAAUCCAGUGCCCCAUUAUAAUGCCAGUUAUAGCAGCGACGGAUCAUGACAUUUAUAUUUUAACAUUAUUUUUAAUUGAUGCAUCCGACAUUCUUAUUCCAUGUUUAUUUGUUUAUGGGUUGUUAAUGUGUUUUAGGAGCUAGUUCAGUAACAGAAUCUCUGUAAUAUUCCUCUUGGCUGUGUAAGACCUCCUUGCCAGCUCUCGUCAGAAGACACCAGGAAAGAAACACCAAUGACUUUUCAGUCCAAGAUUGCUCAAGACCCCAAUAGGUCAGGGUCAAGGGCUGAGGUCAGUCAGGGUCAAAGUUCAGGAAGGAGGUUUUGUACACAGACGUUUUCCCUAGAAACGGUCAAGAGUUGAAAUGGGUUUCAAUGAUUUACAUGAUAUUAUUGUAUACUGGUGAAAGUAUUUACCGCAAUAGACUACCGUAGACUAGAAGAUGCGCGCCUGUAGCACUGAAAAUAAUGUUAGUGUGUCCGUUUCAGUUUAAUAUUGUUUCGGUUAACUGUACCGCUGUUUUUUUUUUAUAAUUAUUUAAACUUGUUGCUGGCAUACACUUGAGGUCAUUGGUCUGUCAGGGGUAGUAGCAUCCCUGAUGUUUGUCCUCAGUUCCAAACUGAACAAAAUAUCUGUUUUGUGUCGUCCUGUGUCGUAGAAAUUACAAUUAAGAGAAGAGCAAUAAUGAUAAAAAUAUAUUCUAACUCUAUGCACAAUUAUAAAAAAGGAGAUGUGAGCUAAAAUACACUUAAUAGUUGGAGCUUAAAUUGAUAACAAAUACGAUAGUAAAAAAAUGUGGAAUCCGAAAUCAAUUUUUCUUUGAGAAGGGUUAGAGUGCUUGUAAUCUGAUAUAUUAUAUUUUAUUUUUGCAUUAAUUCUGUCCAUUCAAUAUCAUCCAUAUGUUAUAAUUUUAUAUUAUGUUGAUCAUACGUGGAAACAUGUCGUUGAUUAUGUAACAAAUUCAAAUCAUCAUGUAAUGAAUAAUGGGUCGCUGGCUUCACUACUAUGUUGAAAUGUGAUAGACAAUUGAUAAUUAACUUGAGACAUUUGAAUAAACGUUUGUAUAUGUAACAUUAA